AACACUGUCUCUGACUCAAGCUCGCCAUGCCGCCAUUCUCUCCGACGAUCCUCAGCUCGCCAUUGUCGUCCCUCCAGUGAACCCACCACCUCCGCCUCCGGCGCCGGCAGCGGUCUCCGCCGCACAUCCCCAUGCCUCGCCGGAUCACCACCCUCUUUGUCCCCGAAGCCUCAAACCCAAUCCCAUCCCUCCUCCCCCUCCUCAACUCCCCCUUCGCCACCCUCUCCGAUCUCCAGCGCGCCCACGCCCUCACCAUCACCUCUGGUGCCCUCCCCUUCCUCUCCCUCACCCGCCCCCUCCUCCGCCUCUCCAUCCGUCUCUCACUCUCCUACGCCGUCGUCCUCCACUCCUCCUUCCCUCGCGCCGACGCCCUCGCCUCCAACAUCCUCAUCAAAUCCCUCGUACGCCUUUCCGACCCCCUUCUCCGUUCUCUCCUUCUUUUGCCACCACUCUCAUCCCAUCGGGAUCCGCCCUAGUCCCUGCACCUUCCCCCGCAUAAUCACCGCCGCCAAGCUCUCCGCUGCUUUCCCUCUCGGUGAGUCCCUCCAUUCCCUCGCUCUUAAGCUCGGCUUCCUCUCCUACAUCCCCAUCUCGAACUCUUUUAUCCAUUUCUACGUGUCCGCUGACGCCCUCGACCUCGCCCAGCAGUUGUUCGACGAAAUGCCAGACAGAGACCCGGUCUCUUACAACUCUUUGAUCGAUGGUUACGUUAAAAACCGUGACUUGGACGAGGCUGAGAAGCUGUUUUGGUCGACGACGGAUUGGAGUGUGGUCACUUGGUCCUGCUUGUUCAAUGGCUUUGUGCGAAAUCGGAUGUUUCGUAGAGGUAUGGAUUUCUAUUCCAAGAUGAGAAUUCACUCCGUUGAGCUUGAUGAUACCACGGUUGUGACUCUGUUGAUGUUGUAUGCUCAUUACAAGUAUGCGUUGUUCGGGAAGUCUGUUCAUGGGUAUCUGUUGAGAAGAUGGUCACAUUUGCCAACACAUGUGAGUUCUACUUUGAUUGAUUUGUACUGUAAUUGUAGUUUGUUGGACGCCGCAGCGGCUUUGUUCUAUAGAAUGGAGAAGAAGGACUUGAUAUGUUGGAAUACUUUCAUCGCGGGACUUGGAAGUCAAGGUAGAGGUAAAGUGGCACUUGAUGUUUUCGAGCAAAUGCUGCUGAUCGGAAUGAAGCCGGAUGAUGUUACAUUCAUCGGUGUUUUGGUUGCUUGUGCUCAUUCAGGAUUGGUUGAGGAGGGUGUUCGAUAUUUUGAAAUGAUGAGCUCAAGGUUUGGCAUUAAGCCAAGCUUUGCUCAUCACUGGUGCUUAGUUGAUCUCUAUGUUCGAAUUGGUAGGCCUUUAGAUGCAAUGAGGAUAAUUCAAGGGAUGCCUUUGGACAGUUUGUCUUCUGUUUGGGGUGCAGUUAUUUCACUUGCAAGGAUUCAUGGUGAUAUCAGUGUAGGGGAGUAUUUGGGCAAAAAGCUGAUUGAUUUGGAACCGGAUAAUUAUAGGAGGUAUGUGCCACUGGCAAAUUUAUAUGUUGCGGCAUCACAGUGGGACAAGUAUAGAGAGUUGAUGCAAAUUAUGAAGUCGGUGAUGAAAGCCAGCCGGAAAUUGCAAACAUUUAUGAGGUAUUAGAGGAGAUCGCAAAGCAAUUGAAAUUGCAGCCUCAUGUGGAGGGUGAAAAUCUUGAGUGUGUCCAUGAAUGAAUAUUCUCUCAGAAUCAUGAAGACAUUCAAUGCUCUGAUCUGUUGGUGCACACUGAUCCCUUUUCCGCUUGAUUGGUUGAAGUAGUUGUAUGACACAUUGUCUCAGCUUGCUGAUUAACAGUUUUUAAUCGAUAGCAGACGAUUUUGAGGAAGCUCUCUCUCGAUUCUAUGGAACUUUGUGAGGAAUUGUUUCAUGGUUUUUGUAGCUACACGACGGAGACAUGAUAUUCAAAGAAUUAUGUGCAGAAGGCUUGAGAAACCAUAAAGAUUAUCACGUGAUUGAGUGAUUUUUAGGUGAGAACCAGAAAUAAUAGAAUGAAUUGCAUCUUUGAUUCUUUGCUGAAUUAACUUUGAGAUAUCAGUUCUAACUGACAUUCAUGUACUAACAUGUAUAAAGUGGCUAACCCUUGAUGAUGCAUGCUUUACUCUGAUCUCAAUGAUUUUAAAAACAAUUAGU